CCCCACAAUCCCCCUUGGACCCGCACGCGUGGUUGCGCGCGGAGCCCCCCAAACACCAUGAGUGGCGGCCGGAAGAAAAGUAGUUUCCAGAUCACCAGCGUCACCACGGACUACGAGGGCCCGGGGAGCCCCGGGGGAUCGGAGCCCCCCACCCCGCCAACCCCCGCUGCACCUCCACCCCGCCUGCCCAACGGGGAGCCCAACCCGGAGCCGGGGGGCAAGAGCACCCCCAGAAACGGAUCCCCGCCACCCGGGGCCCCGGCUGCCUCCCGCUUCCGGGUGGUGAAGUUGCCCCAUGGUCUGGGGGAGCCCUAUCGGCGAGGCCGCUGGACGUGUGUGGAUGUUUACGAGCGGGACCUGGAGCCCCCCACCUUUGGCCGCCUCUUGGAGGGCAUCCGAGGAGCCUCCGGGGGCACUGGGGGCCGGUCUCUGGAUUCCAGGCUGGAGGUGGCCACCCUGGGCCUAGGCAUUCCCACCCCCCAGCCUGGCUUCUCUCAGGGCCCUACCUCCUGGCUGCGCCCGCCCCCCAGCUCCCCAGGACCUCAGGCCCGCUCCUUAACUGGAGGGCUGGGCCAGAUGGGGGUGCCCAGCAAGGCCAGAGUGGAGACACCCCCCUUGUCAGCCUCGCCACCGCAGCAGCAGCUGCAGCAGCGCCCCCCAGAGCCCGGGACCCGGGACAGCGCGGCCACAUCCAGGGCCUCCACACCCCAGCCCUCCCUGAAGGUAGAAGCAGAGUCUGGGGGCUCAGCUGGGGGCACCCCGCCCCUGUUCCAAGCAAAGGAUGGAGCCAUGCGUCUGAGAAUGGAGCUGGUGUCACCGGAAGAAAUGGGUCAGAUGCCAUUGCUGCGCCCCGACUCCCGCCCCAGCUCCCCCGCCCUCUUCUUCUUCCCUGACACCAAUCUGGGCCACAAGUCUCCAGACCCUUUGGGAGCGGCGGCCGCCCAGAGCCUCAGCCUGGCCCGCUCCAUGCUGGCCAUCAGCGGCCACCUGGACAGUGACAUCGACAGCUCUGGAAACCUGGUGGGAAUUGACAACAAGAUCGAGCAAGCUAUGGACUUGGUGAAGUCGCACCUCAUGUUCGCGGUACGUGAGGAGGUAGAAGUGCUCAAGGAACAGAUCCGGGAGCUGGCAGAGCGGAACGCGGCGCUGGAGCAGGAGAAUGGGUUGCUGCGCGCCCUGGCCAGUCCUGAGCAGCUGGCCCAACUGCCCUCCGGGGGGCUGCCCCGUCUGGGUCCCCCUGCACCCAACGGGCCCUCGGUCUGAGCCCCCCCCUUCCCUCACAAUGUGCCUUUGGGGGCUGCCCCGGUUGCCACCCCCUUUCCUAUGCAGCUUUAAUGCCUCCUGGACCCCCGGGGAUGGGAGUUGAAGGUGCAGAAUUGGCCUGUCUGUCCCCCGUCCCCCUCAGCUGCCCCCCACCUUCCUAGAACUGCUCAGAGUAUCAAGGGACUGGGCUGGGUCAUCUUGGGUGUCCAGAUGGGGGGGAGGAAGGACUUCAGGAUGCGGUGUUCGGGGAGCACCCUUCCACGGAGGCCUAGCCCCUCCCCAUCCUAGGAUGUGGGAGCUCCAGCAGCAGAUGACUUGGGGGCUCCCUUAGAGAUGCCCCACUUUGCCCCACUUUUUCCCCUGCAGCACCCCUCCUCUCUACCCCUGGGGGAGGGAGAAUGGACAGUAUCUGGAAGUUGUGGGAUUCAGGUUGUUCUGAAAAUAAUAAUUAUAAUUAAAAAUUCUGAAGAAACUUGAA